AGUGUUUUCUUAUCUUGGCGAGUGUAGUUUUAUUAAGGGCGUUUUAGCUUUGGCCGGGUGUGUCAUGACACUACAUCUCCCACAAUGCUCUGCACAGCGCGCGGGAACGGCUAAAAGGGGGCUUUAAACGCCGGAAGCAGGAAGUGAAUGUGUUCGUACUCGUCGGAGAUAACAUGCUUUUUUCUUCUUUUUAUCUGACAUUAAAUAUGUCUGUUAUGUUGCUGAGAAACAGACAAAGAAGCCCAGGACAAAACAUGACCUCUUUGGCUGAGGUAAGAAUGUCUGCGUUGUGGCCACUUUGGUUUCCAGAAAGUUCCAAGGCGACGGCGGGAAAAACAUCCAACGCAGGAAAUCGAAGUGGAGCUGCAGCCUAUAUUCCACCUGCUAUUCCAGUCCCUGCCUGGGAGGCGGGAGGCGGGACUGGACAAGUCACCUCCUCAGAAUCCGUCACACAGAAAAGUUAUUUGGAGCCAGAGAAAGCAAACAUCAGUGUGAAUGUUUUGACGGCGGAACUCUUGAAAAACGUGAAAGGAGUCAUCGCACUAAAAAAGAAAUCGCUUGUAAAAGAAAAACAAAAAAAACUCGUAGUGGAGUGGCAGGGAAUAGCUGCGGAAAGGUUCAGCGUCACACCUGGGCCGCGAAACACGUGUGUGUCCCCUCGCCGGGAUGGAGUAGACCUGCUCCGCUCAAGGCUCCAGGCUGCAAAUCAGCCGGUCCACGGGAAGAGGAGAAGGUGGUGUCAUUUUAUCACGCAAGCCACAAAUUCAGCAGCUGCAUGUGACUUCAUCACUGGACUAACUGGUACGUCAAGUGUGUGUGUGUGUGUGUGUGUGUGUGUUUCCCAGGGUGCAGCGCACGGACAAGAAGGUGGACACGCUCAGGACGAGGAUGGCAGCCACCUUCCAGACCGGGAGAUAGCGGAGGAAACUCAGCCUGCAAUUAUUUCCCACACUUUUCACUGUCUGGAGGGAAAUUGAGUCAACAGCACAGGGGGGAAUGAGGAUGGAAUAAAUGCGCGUGCACUUCCCGGGAGGCAUACCCCAUCUCAAGCUGACAUGGCGUGCCAGGAGAGCCAUUUGACAGCCAUACUCCUGAUCUCCAUCUUGGCGGCGGUCCUGGGCUCGCUGCAGGUGGGCUACCACACAGGGAACGUCAACGCCCCGGCCAAGAUCAUUGAGGCCUUCUUCAAUGAAACCUGGACAGACCGACACAACCAAACCAUUUCAGAGCACAGCCUGACCCUCCUGUGGUCGCUGUCGGUCAGCAUCAAGGACUUCGGAGCCCUGUUGGGCUCGCUGGGAGUCAAAUAUCUGGCAGACUCAUUUGGAAGGCGUAACUCCAUCCUGAUAGUCAACAGUCUGUCCGUGGUGGGAGCGUGCCUGAUGGUCAUCUCCAAAGUCAUCGAAUCAUUUGAGGCUCUCAUCCUGGGAAGACUGUUGUUUGGUCUGUUCUGCGGCCUGGUGAUGAGUCUCAAUCCACUCUAUAUCCAGGAAGUGUCCCCCACUGCCCUGAGAGGGGCUUUUGCAACACUCAACCAGGUGGCCUACGCUUCAGGGAUCCUGCUGGGCAUGGUGGCCGGUCUGGAGACAAUGAUGGGGACGAAGGACCUCUGGGACAUGAUGUUGUCCCUGUCUUUGAUCCCAGCACUGGCACAGUUCCUCAUCCUGCCUUUUUGCCCCGAGAGUCCUCGGUUUCUGCUCCUCAACCAGGGAGAGGACAGCAAGGCGGAGGCUGCGCUACUGAAGCUGAGGGGGAACCCUGAGCGGGUGCUGGCCGAGCUGGAGGAGAUGAAAGCAGAAGCUGCGCACAUCCAGCACCGUGUCUCCGUCUACGACUUCAUCAAGAAGAGAAGUUACAGGCUGCCCAUCAUCAUUGUCCUCAUCGUCACCUUGAGCAGCCAGCUGUCCGGGUUCAACGCGAUCGUCAAUUAUUCCACCACAAUGUUCCAAGCCCAGUUCCACGAGGCCAAGUACCUGACUCUAGGUGUGGGGGCCGUCAACGUCUUUUUCACUUUGGUGGCGUUUUUCCUGAUGGAAAAGGCCGGGAGAAGGAAUUUGCUCCUGACUGGUUACAUGUGCAUCGCCUUGUGCAACGUGCUCCUGACUGUGGUGGAUUCUGUGGUGCACCUGGUCCCGGAGAUGGGGACCCUGCAGGUCCUGCUGGUGUUCUGCCUGAUCUCGGCCUAUGAGCUGGGUCCCGGUCCGAUCUCCUGGUUCAUCGCUGCCGAGCUGUUCGAUCAGCCCGGCAGACCCCUCGCCAUGUCCUUCGCCAGCAUGCUGAACUGGGGAGGGAAGUUUGUCCUGGCGCUCCUCUUUCCUCCCGUCUUGCAAAUGAUCGGGGGAUACACCUACCUCAUCUUCAUGGUGGUGGCUCUGGUCGGCUUCACCCUCACCUGGUUCCGACUCCCCGAGACCAAGGGCCGCACCUUCGACGAGAUCAUGGAGAAGUUCAGGGAGGCGGAGAGCCUUCCUUUGCAGACUAAGAACGGUUUCAACACCUUCCACUAAAAACCAACCCUUUUGUUGCCUUCCAGAAAUGUGUCCGUCUAGUCUCUUCACUCCGUCUCUCGGUCAACAAGUCCACGAUGUCGGCCACUGGUCUGAGUAUUCUCUACAUACGUAUAAAAUAGUCACGGACGCAGUCAAUUUGACUGAGACAGAAAAAAAACUUAGCUUUUGACCUUGGACAUGCGAGGCUCACUUUAGCGCAGAAGUACUGUUCUGUAAAAUGUCAAUCGCAGCAUUUUGCUAAAUUACAUUCUGAUGAACUCAUUAAAGACACACAAUUUAUUAUUAGGGACAGGGGACCCGAUUGUAUUUCUAAGGUUUUAUUAUUAUUAGGGACCGAAUGUCCCUUUGGGACAUAGGAUCCGAAUGUAUUUCUAAGGUUUUAUUAUUAUUAGGGACCGAAUGUCCCUUUGGGACAUAGGAUCCGAAUGUAUUUCUAAGGUUUUAUUAUUAUUAGGGACCGAAUGUCCCAAAGGGACAUAGGAUCCGAAUGUAUUUCUAAGGUUUUAUUAUUAUUAGGGACCGAAUGUCCCAAAGGGACAUAGGAUCCUAUUGUAUUUCUAAGGUUUUAUUAUUAUUAGGGGCCGAUGACCCUUUGGGACAGAGGACCCGAUUGUAUUUCUAAGGUUUUAUUAUUAUUAGGGACCGAAUGUCCCAAAGGGACAUAGGAUCCUAUUGUAUUUCUAAGGUUUUAUUAUUAUUAGGGACCGAAUGUGCCAAAGGGACAUAGGAUCCUAUUGUAUUUCUAAGGUUUUAUUAUUAUUAGGGGCCGAUGACCCUUUGGGACAGAGGACCCGAUUGUAUUUCUAAGGUUUUAUUAUUAUUAGGGACCGAAUGACCCUUUGGGACAUAGGAUCCUAUUGUAUUUCUAAGGUUUUAUUAUUAUUAGGGGCCGAUGACCCUUUGGGACAGAGGACCCGAUUGUAUUUCUAAGGUUUUAUUAUUCUUUAUUAUUAUACCGCCACCUCUUUGAGCUGUAAUUUGACCCCCUUAACAUGCUUCAAAACUCACCAAACUGGACACACACAUCAGGACUGGUAAAAAUUGCCAACUAAUAAAAAAAAAAACUCCAAAACUCAAAAUUGCACUCUAGCACCCCCUAGGAAAAAACACAGACACAACUGCUUGUAAAUUCUUUUAGGAAUGUCAUAGUGACAUGAAACCAAAACCUCUAUGUAGGUCUGACUUACACCUAGAUUUCAUACACUGACCUCCUUCAGCAAAAAUCAACAGGAAGUUGGGAAACACCCCUUCAAAACAAAAGUUUCCUAAAAAAUGUCAUGUUUGCCUCUUUCAGCUGUUAUAUGAGCCCUUUUUAAAAUGCUUCAAAACUCACCAAACUGGACACACACAUCAGGACCAAGAAACCAAACACCAAAACUCAAAAUUGGGCUCUAGCGCCCCCUAGGAAUAAAACACGGACAAAACUGCUCCUAGGAAGAAAACAAACAAAACUGCUUGUAACUUUUGUUAGGAAUGUCGUAGAGACAUGAAACAAAAACUUCUAUGUAGGUCUCACUUAGACCUACGUUUUAGUAAUUAAACUUCUUCAGCAAAAGUCAACAGGAGGUUAGCAAUUACCCCUUCAAAACAAUAGUUUUGUAAAAACCCGUCACCUUUUUUCAAACAUUAUCUCCUCUGAGCGCGUUUGUUGUGUCGGCUUCAAACUCGCACAGGAAACAGAUUGAACCCUUCUGAUUAAAAUUUGAUGAAAGAGUU